AUGUGAGAGGAAGAUGGAAGGACACAAAACUCCAGAGGCAGUCUAGACUGAGUGAGAGAUAACCCCACCGGCAUUCCGCACGCUCCCAUUUUUCAUAAUGAUUUUCCCGGUCUUCCAACUGGAGUUUUCACUUAGUUUUUAAGUUUGAUUAAUUGUGUAGUUAUACUUUAGUCCCUGAGGGAUAAUACCACAAAAUGAUUUUGGCAUCAGGAUGGUGGAUUUUCCUCCUGAUGCUUGUGGAAAUGUUGCCGUUUUUUGCAUCUGCUGCAAACUACCCGUACGGUUUCUACAGGAGGCUUUGCUACAGGCCACAUUGUUUCUAUGGUUACCAUGGCUACAACCCGCCUCACGGGGCUGCAGAUAUUGAUGAAUGCCAGGUCCAUAAUGGCGGCUGCCAGCACAGAUGCGUUAACACCAGGGGCUCCUACUACUGCGAGUGUCAGAUAGGAUCUCGCCUGCACGUCGACGGACGCACAUGCCUUCCCGUCCACUCUUGCGCCCUCAGCAAUGGUGGCUGUGAACACUACUGCAUCCAGCAGUCCACCGCUCACUUCCAAUGCCGCUGCAAGCCCAACUACGAGCUGACAGAGGAUGGCAAGCAUUGCAAAUUGCAGAAUCCCUGCGCUGAAAACAACGGAGGCUGCAUGCAUCAGUGUCGGGCCGACGGCGGCAACGCGCACUGCGACUGCAGGGUGGGCUUUAUUCUGGCUGAAGAUGGACGCACAUGUGAAGAUAUUGACGAGUGUCAGACUGAAAAGGCCAACUGUGCUCACGGCUGCCACAACACGCUGGGCUCCUUUGCCUGCGUUUGUAACGCCGCCUACGAGCUUGGAUCAGACGGCAAACAGUGUUACAGAAUCGAGAUGGAGAUUGUGAACAGCUGCGAGAACAACAAUGGCGGAUGCUCGCAUCAUUGCCAGCAUUCCAACAGCGGCCCAGUUUGCACCUGUAACCAAGGUUACCGCCUCCAUGAUGACCUUAAAACCUGUGUUGACGUGGACGAGUGUGGCCAGCGGAGCUCCUGCUGCCAGCAGAACUGCGCCAACUAUCCCGGAGGCUACGAGUGCUACUGCUCAGCGGGCUACCGCCUUAGCUCGGAUGGAUGCAGCUGUGACGACAUCAACGAGUGUCUGUCAGGUAACGGCGGUUGUGAUCAUACGUGUCAAAACAACGGUGGCUCCUACCAGUGCUUUUGCCGACGAGGAUUCCGUCUGGAUGAGGACCGCUUGUCCUGCAUCCUUCUGGACAACGCAGUCGAGACCCUGUACAGCGGAGGCGCCGCCGAGCUGCCCCUGAUCCGCCCCCAGCUUACCUUGCUGCACGACUACAGCCAGCCUCUUGAGCGCUACGACGACUACGAGGACGACGAGGGCGACCUGAGGGCCGAGAGUAAUCUAUCUGAGAAAUUUGUGUGUUUGGACGACACUUUCGGGAACGACUGCAGUCUGACAUGUGACGACUGUUCUAAUGGAGGAAAGUGUAACGCUCGGAUGGAUGGCUGCGAUUGUCCCGACGGGUGGACGGGAAUAAUCUGCAACCAGACAUGCCCUGAGGACUAUUUUGGUCAAAACUGCUCCUUCCCUUGUAAGUGUAAGAACGGCGCGAGCUGCGAUCCCAUCACCGGGAGCUGUCGCUGCCCACCAGGCGUUAGCGGGGACCUGUGCCAAGACGGAUGUCCGAAGGGGUUCUACGGCAAGCAGUGCCAUAAAAAGUGUAACUGCGCCAAUAACGGACGCUGUCAUCGCACUUACGGCGCCUGCCUAUGUGACCCCGGGCUGUAUGGACGCUUCUGCCACCUCCCUUGUCCAAAGUGGACUUUCGGCGCCGGCUGCUCCGAAGAGUGUCAGUGCAUCCAACACAACACUGCGGAGUGCCACCGUCGAUACGGCACGUGUGUGUGCAAACCCGGUUACCGAGGCAACACCUGCAGGGAAGAAUGCAGCCCAGGCACGUACGGCGGUGGCUGUGAGAAAAAGUGCGCGUGCCCAACCGGGGUGUCGUGUGACCAUGUGAGCGGGGAGUGCCAACGAGAGUGUCCGCCAGGUCGUCACGGCGACAGCUGUGAACAAGACUGCCCCGAAGGAAGCUUCGGAGCCGCCUGCGUGCAUCCUUGUAACUGCAGCGGCGCCCCCUGUGACAAAGUGACGGGACGCUGCAGGUGUCCUGCCGGCUUUUCUGGGCCGCGCUGUGAGAACGUGUGCCCAGAGGGUUUUUGGGGUGUGGGCUGUUCAGAAAGCUGCCCCAUUUGUGAGAAUGGCGGCGUGUGUGAUAAACUGAACGGCUCGUGUAACUGCGCCCCAGGCUUCAUGGGAACACUCUGUCACCAUCCGUGCCCAAGUGGUCGUUACGGGCGAGGUUGCCAGUGGAAAUGCGCGUGCGAGAACAACGCCCGUUGCAACCCAGUGAGUGGGCGAUGCACCUGCGCUCCUGGCUGGACUGGCCACAACUGCCAGAAAGCUUGCGACACGGGCCACUGGGGGACGGAUUGCGUUGAGAGCUGCGACUGUCAGAAUGGAGACGGCAGCUGUGAUGCGGUGACGGGUCGGUGCAACUGCGAGGCCGGUUACACCGGGACACGGUGCCAUGAGAGAUGUCCAGCGGGAAUGUUUGGUCUGGGUUGUCGUCACCAAUGUCAGUGUGACAACCAGGCGUUGUGCGACCACGUGAGUGGCGCGUGCACCUGCCAAGUGGGAUGGACGGGAACUUUCUGCGAAAAGCCGUGUCCUCAGGGCUUCUUUGGAUUGGACUGUCAGAAGAAAUGUGCGUGUCAUAAUGGCGGCCGCUGCGACGCUAUCAGCGGGCUGUGUUCCUGUCCCGGUGGAUGGAUUGGAGCGUUCUGCAACCAAACGUGCCCGAGCGGUUUCUAUGGCGACGGCUGUAAUCUGACCUGCACUUGCCAUAACAACGGCAUCUGCCACCCGGCUAGUGGGUUGUGUGCGUGUGCGCCGGGCUGGAGUGGACCCGACUGUGCACAAGAAUGCCCGGCGGGGUUCUUUGGCGCCGACUGUCGGCACCCCUGCUUGUGUCAGAAUGGAGCCACGUGCGAUAAAAGCAGCGGGAAGUGUUCGUGUCCAAGUGGCUGGACUGGAACCGCCUGUGAACUGGAAUGCGCGGCGGGACGCUUCGGGGCCAACUGCCAGCGCGAAUGUGAGUGUGAGAACGGCGGCCAGUGUGACAGACGGACGGGACGAUGCAGCUGCGCCGCAGGAUGGAUGGGAGAACGCUGCCAACAACCUUGUGAGCCGGGCACAUUUGGACUCAGGUGCGAGGGGAAGUGUCAGUGUGCACACGGGGCGUCGUGCCACCACGUCACGGGCGACUGUCAGUGCCCACCUGGUUGGAGAGGAAAACAUUGCGACAAAGCCUGUCUGCCAGGUUCUUUCGGGCCGGGUUGCAUGCGGCGCUGCAGCUGUUCUGCGGGCACGUCCUGCCACCACGUGUCGGGCGAGUGCGGCUGCCCGGCGGGACUCACCGGCAACGGCUGCGAGCAAACUUGCCUCCCUGGGACGUUUGGCUCCAACUGCAACGAGGUUUGCCAGUGCUCUCAACCCAACCAACUGUGUCACCCGGUGUCUGGAUUGUGCUACUGUGCCCCGGGCUUCCACGGCCCCAAAUGUGACCAAGCAUGUGGAGCGGGCCGUUACGGUCCAAACUGUGAACGUGAGUGCGACUGUAAAAAUGGCGGCAUGUGUGUGCCGUCCAUCGGCACCUGCAAAUGUCCUGCAGGAUUUAUCGGCGCCCGCUGCAACAUCACGUGUCCCGAUGGACGCUACGGAGCAGACUGCGCUCAGGUGGCCAUCUGUGGAGACGGAGCUCGGAACCACCCGGUGACUGGUCGCUGCGUGUGCCCACCUGGACGGAGAGGAGAGCACUGCUUACACAGUUGUCCUCCGGGCUGGUUCGGCUCCGGCUGCGUGAGGCGUUGCAACUGCAGCAACGGGGCCACGUGCCACCCGGAGACGGGCAAGUGCACUUGCGGCCUGGGAUGGAGCGGACAACACUGUGACAAAGCAUGCCCGGCGGGUACGUUUGGCGCCGACUGCCGGCUGGCGUGCGAAUGUAAAAAUAACGGCACGUGCGACAGAGUGAGCGGCGCCUGUCUCUGUGCCCCUGGGUACUACGGUCAUGUGUGCCAACACGCGUGUCCAGCGGGUCUGUAUGGGUCGCUGUGUCAACUGCAGUGUAACUGCGCGGCCGGAGCUGCCUGCCAGGCAGCGACGGGUCAUUGCAUUUGUCCCGCCGGGCGUCAUGGCUCUCGCUGUCAAAAAAUGUGUGAACAAGGCACGUAUGGGCACGACUGCGCUAAAGGGUGCGACUGCGAGGGCGAUGCUCCGUGCGAUUCUGUCACCGGAAGAUGUCUCUGCGAGGCGGGGAGGACCGGACAAAGAUGCGACCUCCAGUGUCAAGAGGAUCGUUUCGGGCCCGGCUGCACGCAAAGCUGCGAAUGCCAGCACGAUGCUCGCUGCAACCCGCGUAAUGGCCGCUGCACGUGCACGCACAUGUGGAUUGGAUUCUCCUGUCAGGAAGGAGGACCGCCACACCUCACGCCAGGGAACAGCACGGGAAGCUUUAUGCAGGAAAACUCCUUAUAGCGCCCCCCACACUGUGGAAGUUUGUUCACGAGCAGGAUGGAACAAUUUCACGUGGAAAAAGACUUUGAUAAGAUUCCACUUUGGGACACAAGCUUUAACAAGUGGAGCAAAAACAAAAUGGCAUCUUUUUUUAACUGCACAUUGGUAUUUUGUGUUAAAUAUUUUGCCUUAGAAAUAUAUUUUGCAGUGAUUGUGUAUAUAGAAUAUUUCAUUUUUUUAUACUGAAAUGUGUCCUUAUUCGUAGUUACUUUGCAACUCUUCACAUCUAACAUGAGCUGAUGUCUCCAUUUUUAUCAACUAAAAUGUUUUUUCUCUGUCUGAUAGUUCUGUUUCAAUAUUUACAUUUAAAUCAACUUAAAUAGGUGAGAGAAAAAAAGAUUUGAAAUGUUUUGCACUUUGAAUACGUCAUUUGUACAUUCUUUGUUUCCAACCUUCGUCUGGCACAAAGAGCAGGUUGUUUGUGUUUGCACAUUCUGGACCACAGUUAUGUUUUUUUGUUUCAAUUAAUUAAAGAAAAAGACAAUUCAA